UUAGAGGGGAGAGGGUUUUGGGGUUCUGUUUGUUUAUUUUGAUUUGGAAACGAUGAAAAUAUUUAAAAAAUGACAGAAGACGACAAAGUGGGCACAUUAGUCGAUGAGGCCUUAAAGCGCAAGGAAAGACUGCAGAGUUUAAAAAGAAAAAACGAGGAAAAUUCACAAGACAUUCAGGAUGGCCAAGUCAGCAUACUUCCAGCGCCGAAAUUCAGAAGUUACAAGCCACAGGAUGAAAACUUGAAGGAAAAAGCUCUGGAAGAUGGUAAAGCUGGUGAUAUCGAGGCUGAGGUACAGGAACAGUUGGAAGCUGCCACUAUCAAGCCAGUGAUUGAGGAAUUGGAUAUAAGUAAUCUUGCUCCAAGAAAACCAGAUUGGGAUCUCAAACGGGAUGUUUCGAAAAAACUCGAAAAAUUGCAAAGAAGAACUCAAAAGGCUAUUGCAGAGUUGAUAUUGGAAAGAUUGAAGAAGGAACAGGAUUUGGCAACGGCUGUCAAUGUUGGGAGUGAAUUCUCUUCAAAAACUUGAGUGUAAAUAAUUUUUUUU